AGGCUAUCCACAAUCCUGUUCAUAUCCAAUACAACAAAGCACACACUCAAAGAAUGCAUCCUGCAUCAAAGGUCUAUCAGAGUCAGACGGCCCAUGGCAUCAACCCAUACAAUGAAGACAUCACCUGGAUGUGAAUAUCUCACGAAGAGCAAAGACCAUCUAAAUGAGCAUUUCAGCUAAUCCCUUGUUGACACACGACAUGCAAGAGGCUUCUUUAUCCGUCCUCCCAGAUCAUGGCUUGGUCCCUGAUCAGGACAAUGGCCCAACUUGGAUCCUUUACGAACAUACCGGAACCCUCCUAUCCCACAAUCUCAAGUUCGACCCAUGCGUUCAAUAUAAAAUCACCCCUCCCACCGGUCCAUCUCCUACAACCCAGACCUGACCCACAACUCAGAUCACACCUAACCCAAAGAAACACUCACAGGACCCCUCGAAACUCAGCCAGAAUGGUGCGCCUCAACUUGUCAGACAUGAUCCCCCUGAACUCGACGGUGGUGGCUCCACCCCCAGCACCCACCGCCACCCCGGCACCGGCGGCGGCGCAGACGCCGGAGUAUCGGGAGCAGCCGUUCAUCUUCGUGUGCUCGCACCAGGAGCUGUACCUGGACAAGAAGUGGCGUCCGCUGCCCGAGGAGGUGAUCCUCAAGAAGAUCAACGACGCCUUCGAGGGCUCGGAUCGCCCGUGGCUCAAGGCCAUCCAGUUCCUGAGGGUCCGGCGCGUCCCGCCGCCCAAGGAGAAGACCUUCGACCCGCCCCGGCGCCUGCGGCUGGACGUGAAGACCUGGCGAGACCGCGCCGACCUGUACGAGAAAGACGCGCACCAGCGCGACUGGCUGCGUCUGCUUGAACAGCAGCAGCCGCAUGGGGCGAAUAUCGAGGCGACGGAGCUUCGUCCGCGGCCGCUGAGGGCGAAAAAGUCGGGGAAGAGGGGUGGGAGGAAGGGUGAGCUGAAGACUCAGCAGAGUUCUCAGCAGAAGCCUGAGCAGGAGACUGAGCAGACGCCUGAGCAGACUCCUCAGCAGAGGCAUCAACAGAAGGCUGAGCAGAAGGCUGAGCAGAGGCCUCAACAGCAGACCCAGCGCAAGCCUCAGCAGAAGGCUGAGCCGAAGGCUGAAAAGAAAUAGGUACAAUACCUAGGGCCCUAGGCGAGGCUGGUCAAAUACU